CUCCUCCUCUUCCUGCAUCCGCCGCCAUGGCGCCGCACCGCGCCGCUUGCUUGCUGCCGCUUCUGGUUGCGGUGGCGAGCGCGGGGCUGGGCGGCUAUUUCGGCACCAAGUCCCGCUACGAGGAGGUGAACCCGCACUUGGCGGAGGACCCGCUGUCGCUCGGGCCCCACGCCGCCGCUGCCCGGCUGCCCGCCGCCUGCGCCCCGCUGCAGCUCCGCGCCGUGCUCCGCCACGGCACCCGCUACCCCACGGCCGGGCAAAUCCGCCGCCUGGCCGAGCUGCACGGCCGCCUCCGCCGCGCCGCCGCCCCGUCCUGCCCCGCCGCCGCCGCGCUGGCCGCCUGGCCGAUGUGGUACGAGGAGAGCCUCGACGGGCGGCUGGCGCCGCGGGGCCGCCGCGACAUGGAGCACCUGGCGCGCCGCCUGGCUGCCCGCUUCCCUGCGCUCUUCGCCGCCCGCCGCCGCCUGGCGCUGGCCAGCAGCUCCAAGCACCGCUGCCUGCAGAGUGGCGCGGCCUUCCGGCGCGGCCUCGGGCCCUCGCUCAGCCUCGGCGCCGACGAGACGGAGAUCGAAGUGAACGACGCCCUGAUGAGGUUUUUUGAUCACUGCGACAAGUUCGUGGCUUUGGUCGAGGACAACGACACGGCCAUGUACCAAGUGAACGCCUUCAAGGAGGGCCCGGAGAUGAGGAAGGUGUUGGAGAAAGUGGCGAGUGCCCUGUGUCUGCCGGCCGGAGAGCUGAACGCAGAUCUUGUUCAAGUGGCUUUCCUUACUUGCUCAUAUGAGUUGGCUAUAAAAAAUGUGACGUCCCCGUGGUGUUCGCUUUUCAGUGAAGAGGAUGCUAAGGUACUGGAGUACCUGAAUGACCUGAAGCAAUAUUGGAAGAGAGGGUAUGGUUAUGACAUCAAUAGUCGCUCCAGCUGCAUUUUAUUCCAGGAUAUCUUCCAGCAGUUGGACAAAGCAGUGGAUGAGAGCAGAAGUUCAAAACCCAUUUCUUCACCUUUGAUUGUACAAGUUGGACAUGCAGAAACACUUCAGCCACUUCUUGCUCUUAUGGGCUUCUUCAAAGAUGCUGAGCCUCUCCGGGCAAACAAUUACAUGUGCCAGGCAAAUCGGAAAUUCCGCAGUGGCCGGAUCGUGCCUUAUGCAGCCAACCUGGUGUUUGUGCUCUACCACUGUGACCAAGCGAAGACCUCCAAGGAGGAGUACCAAGUGCAGCUGUUGCUGAAUGAAAAGCUAAUGCUUUUUCAUCAUUCAAAUGAAACCAUCUCUACAUACGCAGACCUCAAGAGCUAUUACAAGGACAUCCUUCAGAACUGUCACUUUGAAGAAGAGUGUGAAUUGCCCAAGUUCAAUGGUACUGUUACUGAUGAACUUUGAGGGAAUUAAAUGGAGUGGCUGACUUGGAAACCGAUCUCAGUUUUCUUCAACAGACGUUGUGAACAAGCACUUUGGAUGAAAUGCUGCUGUGUCGACUCUCUAAGCCCACACAUUUGAUGGCCGUUAUUUACCUGGGUUGUCUCGGUCAGCUUAGUGCACUGUGUAUUUAUUACGUAAGAUGAAUGACAAAACCACAUUUUGUAACAGGAUGUCCCUGAGUACUGGUAACAAAUGUGGUGGAACACAAAGUGUGCCUGUAUAUUUAUGUGUACAGACAAGUAAUUUCCUAGGUCAUUCCUCUUAUGAAUGUGCUGUUGAUAGAAUUUAGAGCUGGGAUAACUGUUUAUUUUGUCAGAGCUGAAGGUGCUUGAACUAAUUCAGUAUUGCUUCGUGCUGCCUUUUUGCUAGCUCUUGUUUUCCUAUGGCAGGCAUGAAAUAAUUUAAACUUGUGAGCUUUUUUAACUCCUUUUCCUGAGCCCCUAGCAGGGAAAGAAUAUAUGCUACUUCUCUAUAGUUGCCCAGCUUUUGCCUGGACAGCACCACAUGAGGAUCUCACUCUGGCACUGACAGGAGGAGGAGUUGCUAUGUGCACUGUCCACCUGUAAAGGGACAAGGAUUUAUGUUUCUUAAGUUCUCAUCAACUCAUCCAGCACUGCAAGUUAGCCAUCAUGGUAAGUAAAUUCUCCUGAAAGAGAAGGGAGGAAGAAUGAGGGAGUGGGAGAUAUUCUAGAGCUCUUGAAAGGAAAAGUGGCCAUGCAGCAGUUGUUCUCUAAGCAGUCUGGUGUUUCCUUUCACUUGCCACCAUCAAUUUCUCGUGUUAAUGUUGGGGCUGUGGCAUUCAGGUGAGGCUCUGCAAGCAAUUUGAACAUCUUGGUCCUCCUCAAAUGCUGAAAGUUUUCUUAGAACUUCUGGAGGUCUCCAGUGCAUCCUGCUGCUUGGAACAGGAUAGGUGCUUACCCUAAGUCUGGGCAGGCUUCAGACUGUGAGAAGUAUCUGGCUGGGACUUGACUUCUGCAAGAACCGAGUAUCACUUAGGCCUUAUCCACUCAAUACACCAGCUUGUUCUUGAAAUUGAGCUGAUUUUAAAGAAAUUAACUGCAUAAAGGUAGUGGUCAUCUCAUCAGUGUAUCUGCACUUAAAGCAGAUUUACUUGCUGCUGAGAAAGUAUUUCAGAGUUCAACAGUAAAACAGAAAAAAGAAGAAAUCAAGAUAAUUGUCCAGAAAUGUCCAAAAUACAGCAAGUCAAAUAAAAGUCCCUUCAUUGCCUGGAAGGGAAUGGCUGGUCCCAAAGCAAAUGUAGGUGUGGUUUUAUGGUGCUGGUAGCUCCUGACAUGUGUGUGCCCUGUAACAAGUGCUCCAGAGCUCAGCCCAUAAAGUGAGGGGUAUUUUGCUGUGUUGACAGGGGAGAGGGUGAAGGGGUGGUAUAACCUGUUACCACAGGAGUGCCAUAGGCACUAUAAACAUUUAUACCUUCAUUUACUUAGGUAGCCUCAUCAGCAAAACUGAAAACUUAACUGAUGGAGGGAAAGGAAAGAAAAAGGAAGAGAAACCUGAACUAGUUUAAAGUUUAGAAGUUUAAGUAUUGGCAGACUUGGUUCAUCUUUUUUUCUAGAGGACUUGGACUUCUGUCACCUUUUUUUUUUUUUUUUUUUUUUUUUUU